GGUCCGUCCUGCAGCAGCAGCAUCUCUGCGUCCUGCAGCAGCCGGUGCCGGUGCGGGUCUACCUGCCCUGCUGCCCCCCUCCUGCCCCCCUGCUGCCCCCCUGCUGCCCCCUCCUGCCCCCCUGCUCUCACCGGCAGUGUUUCUGGGUGUAGUUUGGGGACCGUGCGCGGUGCUGGAUGUGUCGGCGGGUCCUCGCCCUGCUCUCGGUGCUCGCCGCGCUCCGGUGCGCACCGGCGGCGUCCGGAGACGGAGCCGGAGCCGGAGACGCCCCGCAGCUGAACCCCAGACCGGUCAUCGGGGUGUUGGCUCAGGAAAACCUCCCAGGCGACCGGUUCGCACGUGGCUCCUCCUACAUCGCGGCCUGCUAUGUGAAAUAUGUGGAGGGGGCCGGGGCCCGGGUCGUCCCCAUCAGAAUCAAUCGAACUGAAGAAGAGUAUUCAAAGAUCUUCUCCUCCAUAAAUGGGUUGCUGUUGCCGGGCGGAGACGUGGAUCUUCAAAAGUCGUUGUUCAGUCGAGCUGCCAAGACCUUUUACGAGCUGGCCAUGAAGGCCAACGACGCCGGAGACUACUUCCCCAUCUGGGGGACGUGCCAGGGCUUCCAGCAGCUGUCCGUCCUCACGUCCAACAGACACCUGCUCACUCUGACCGACACCAGGGCCGUGGCGCUGCCGCUCAAGUUCACCGCAGAGGCUCAGUCCAGCCGGAUGUUCAGCAGUUUUCCCAGAGACGUGAUGCAGUCUCUGGCCCAAGAAAACAUCACGUCCAACUUCCACAAGUGGAGCCUGUCGAUGCAGAACUACAGCCGGAACGCGAAGCUGAGGAGGUUCUACAGAGUCCUGUCCACCAACAGUGACGGCAAGAAGGAGUUCAUCUCCACCAUGGAAGCCGUCCGGUACCCGUUCUACGCCGUGCAGUGGCAUCCGGAGAAAAGCCCCUUCGAGUGGAUCCAGAAGCCCGGCAUGGUCCACUCCGCCGCCGCCGUGCGGGCGUCCUUCUACACCGCCAGCUUCUUCGUCUCUGAAGCCAGGAAGAGCCAGCACCGCUUCUCCAGCCCGGAGGAGGAGGACGCCGCGCUCAUCUACAACUUCCCGCCCGUCUACCGGGGCCGAGACGCCAUCUUCCUGCAGAACUACUACUUUGACUGACGCUCCGGAGCCGCCGGGCCUCGCCCAGUCGCCUCGGCCCUGAUGGAGGCGUCACCCGGGGGGGGGUGGCCUCCGACCAACAUCCAGCGCCAUGAAAUACCGUGAUCAACAGCCAGAGGACGCCAAAAGACAGAAACACCAGCCGCGGAGCAGCCAGAGGAAGCAUCCUCACCUCCAGUCAAACACAUGAAUGUAUUUAGAGGCCAGAACUGCAGACGACGGCACUGUUCCAGAUUUACUGUCGUAGAAUGAAACUGUUUUUGGUUUAGAUUAGUGUCAGUCUGUCGCCUUUCUCUCCCUGCUGCUUGUCGUUUUCUCUGAUUAUGACUUCCGAAUAAGAAAAACAGCCCCAAAAAUACCGAUUAGUAAUAAUGGAAGUUAUAUGAAGGAGUGUAUUUAUGCUGUCUUGAUGUCUGCUUCUACUGACUGAAAGUGAUUCACUUUUCUCUCACUCAUUUGUGCUUUUUCAGUGAUUUUUAUCAUCAUUACUGUUUGUGGGGGAUUCUGGACCCUCUCAUGUGGAAUUGAUGUGGCCAAAGAGUGACAAGAAUCCAUCUUGAACCUAUUUGUAGUUUGAUCUCUUCUCUUUUAUUGUUGUGACUUAAUCAGACUUCUUUACAUCUCUUGUGCCAAAAGAAGAGCAAAAUGACCUGCUGCUUCGUUUUUCUACGCAUUUGUUUAAACACGGGCUGCUUACUGAUCCUUUUGUUCGUUCUUUUAACAUGUUUCACUGCUGCUGAUGAGAAAAGUCAAUCAAUGAUCUUUAAAGUUCAUCUGCAUCUGACUGGAUUUCUGUCAAUCUGCACAUUUAAAAGUUUUUUUUUUUCCCAACUGGA